GGUUAUCAUGGCUGAGAGGUGUGCGUCGUCCUCCUUCCCAGAUGUGUUGAUUGGUGGAAGUUCGCCAUCUUCCAAAAUGGAGAGGGCACCCAAAUGUGGUCAGACUCUUACCCAAGAAAUUACACAUGAGAAUACCACAGAGGGCUCCAACGUGGUCAUGACAGGAAGCUGUGAAGGUGUUCCGAACUUAGACAAUUGCCACUACAAAAUACUGAAGCUACCUUUUAUCUUUCAUGACUUGAUGACGGAGUCAAAGGUGAAUGAGUCUGUGUGGUCAGUGGAGUCAAUGGCACCAUACGUCCCUUCUACAGAGUGGCUGAUACAAAAUGGACUGAUGGUGCCAGAAGAUGUGGCACAGGAGUCGUCUGAGAAAGUUUCAGCUGAUCAAAGCCAGAUGUCCUUUCAUUAUAGGCAGGUACCGAAAAAGUUGAAUGAGUCAGUAUGGUCAGUGCAGUCGUUGGCCCCAUAUGUCCCCUCCAAGGAAUUGCUGAUAGAGAACGUCCUUAUGAAUCCUGAGGUGGUGACUGAGAGAGAAUCUGAUCCUGCUAAGGUCAAUCAAGGCCUCAGAGCCAGUCAGGUCAUUGAUAUAACCGAGAGGAGGAGAAGUCGGCGGUUUUCGCUGACUUUAGAAAAUGUGAAAGAGGCUGAGAAAAUGUCUGAAGAGAAUGCUACUCCAUGCCAGGAGUCAUUCCAUUAUAGGCAAAUACAGAGAAAUGCUAAUGAGUUUGUUUGGUCAGUGGAGCCUGUGGAAAAAUCCAGUGUGGAUGGUUCGCCUAUUAUGCUCUCAAGCAAAAGUACAAUGAUCCCAAGUCUUGAAGGAUCAUUGAAUAGUACUCAAGGGUCACUGAAACCCAAGGCUCAAUGUAGCCCAAAUCUGAAGCCUCUGGAAGUUACAGAGCACAGGGCUCAGAGCCCUCCCUGCUCUCCAGAUGACCCUGAAACAUAUGCUUCCAAAUGUAUGGCAGGAGACCAAGAGCCCGGUUACGGUUGUCCAGGUCCCUGCAACCAGGAAAUGGAGAUUGAAGAGAAGGAGCCUGCCAAACAGACUGGGCCUGUUGUACCCAGUCGACAGUGCUGCAAGCAGAUGAUCACAGAUAUUAGGAUGUUAACGGCUCCUUCCUCAAACAGACAGUUCAAGGUGUGUGGUCAAAAGUUACAGGAGUGUUCAAAGUUACAGGAGAGGAACUGCUCCUGUCAUGAGCUGAUGCUAAACAUAGUGAGUUUCAGGAAGAGCCCCACAGGCAGACUGAAUGAGGGAAAUGUGGCCCCUGAUCUCCUCAAGCCUCAGGAGCAGCAGUGUGGCAUUCCACAAAAUCAGAAACGACAGAUGGAUUCCAGGAAAGCAAACAAGGCCAGGCCUGGUCAUGAAUUUGGUGAAACUGGAUAUGGCCCGAACAAUAAUAAAAAGAAACGGAGACCAUGGCAAAAUGGACCACAGGACAGAACACAGGCACAGACUAACCCAUCAAACUCCCUUGGACAGCGGAACACCCAGAGGAAUGGCUACCAAGAACACUGUAAUGGGUAUUAUGGCAGAUCUGGUAAAACCAGAGGAGCAAAUGGGAAAAAAAACACCAGGUACUGACUGACCAGACUGAGAACAAAUGACAAAGAUAUUUUAAUAACCCUAUUUAUAGGCCUACCUACAACAAAAUUAAACUUUUUUUUAAAAUAA